UUACUCCGACGAACUGUUUAUACUGUGGAAUAAUGUUCAUCCAUCCAAGUAAACGUUAGUUUUGUGUUUGAUUGCUAAAAUAAAUUGUUAGACAGAAUGUCCAAACGACGAAACCUGCUGGAUUCAGCAGAAAAGCGACGCUCGCUGCAAAAUGUUGCUAUGGCGCGGGGUCGGCUCAAGGGAGCUCUGCAGGACAUCGUAACCCAGAGCGAAGACGACGACGACGAUGGGAAUGAGUCCGAUGGACAGCAUGAGAUUCGAUAUUCAAAACGACUGAAAAGUUCCGCACCCGAAUCAAUUCCCAUUCCACAUCAAUCAUACAUCAUGAAACUGUUUGACCGAAGUGUAGAUCUAGCCCGGUUUGAUGAGUCUACGCCGUUGUACCCGAUAUGCCGUUCUUGGAUGCAAAAUCAGCCGCGACUGAAUCCAAAUCGGUUCCCUCGACAAUCUUCGCCAAUCAAACGUGAGCGUAAUGCCGAUAUUGCUGACCAAUACCGAAGCCAGGAGCUGAAGGAGAUUCGAGCGAUGCCAGCACCGGGUCCGUCUACAGAUUCAAAAAGACGAUGUCCAUCGCCAUUCGAGCAUUCCUCUUCUCGAGUGGAUAUCGAUCUUCAUGCUGAACCGAUUCCCAAAGCGAUCCUUAUGGCUGAACACAAACAGCGUUGGGCUCGAGUUCGCCAAAAGUGGCAGCAGCACGGACGGCAGAUGGACCAACGAUAUACGGCGAGCUUUGAGUUGUUGGAUGCGUUGUUGAAAACGCAGUUGUGAAGUGUGCUUGUGAGAUCUAAGAAAAUAAGAUUUUAUAAAACUGACAAAUUUAUAUUGUAUUGCAUGAAUAAAUAUAAUUGUAAACACAAAUUCUAUUCCGUCUGUCCUAAAAAACUCAUAGAUGUAAUAAGUCAUAGCAAAAGGCAUUUUUGGCAAUGCAAUCAUUCGAUUCCACUAUUUGAGAUCACUGUAGCAAUUUUGAGCGAAAUGGACAGAGUCAAACUAGAGCAUUAGCAAAUCCCAAUUCAAUCGUUCAGACGUUUACAGCAAAGGGCGUCAAAGACAUUUAAUUCCUACCAACACAAACUUAAACUUGCGCUUGGAAAUGGAAUAAUAAUGUUGAUGGUUUCAAUUUGGUCCGUGUAAACCCAAUUAAACUUGUAUCGGCAGUGGCUCGUCAAAGCAAGAGACCAUGUAACGGACGACGUUUGUUAACGAGGGAAACACUUUCCAAGCCUAAGUGGUCUUAUAUGGCACCGAAGUGGCGAAUUUCAGUUCUUGGUGCAUUUUCAGAGCUCCAUGGAAAAGCCGAUCAU